AUGGCAGACCCUACGCGACCCAGCGAUGCACCGCCGGAAGAAGAUGAAGAGAUGCUCAAUGUCUCGGAUGCGGAAGAAGUGGUCGAGCAAGGCGACGAUGCAGCCAUGGACUCCGGCGACGAGGAGGACGGCGACGGCACGCUGGAAGAGAUACAACUACAAAACGACAGCGCGGCGCACUUUGAUCACCACAAGGACAGCAUCUUCUGCAUCGCCCAACACCCCACCCAGCCUGAGAUGGUAGCGACAGGAGCAGGAGACGAUAUCGCAUAUCUGUGGGACAGCACACCUCCGGACGGCCCAUUACUUCCACGCAGCUACGAGAGCAAUCCUCAGCCUGUGGAGCGGAAGAGUCUGGAAGUGCUGGCGAGACUGAAAGAGCAGGACGAGAGCGUCAACGCCAUAACAUUCACCCUUCCUCAGGGCGAGUAUGUUGUGACAGGGACACUCGCCGGCAAGAUGAAUGUCUAUACCACACCCACCUCCACGACUCCCUCCAAGCUCGUUGGCUCGGCGAAAGAAGUCGAGGAAAUCAACUGGAUCCUCCCGUCACCCAACGCUGCACAUCCCAACACCAUCGCCUUUGGCGCCAACGACGGCUCCGUCUGGGUCUAUACAUUGAAUGCUGCCGAUCCCGCCGCACCCCUCACCAUCGUACAGACAUUCUUCUUGCAUCAAGCACCAUGCACAGCCGGAUGCUGGAGCCCAGACGGCAAGCUUCUCGCCACUGUCAGCGAAGACGGCAGCCUUUUCGUCUGGGAUGUCUUCGGUGAUGCAGCGGCCGCAGGCAUUGCCGACCCUAAUGGUGGGCAAGCAGUCGUUGGUCUCACAGCUGAAGAUGAGCGCUUCAGAGUGGACGGCGGACUGUACAGCGCAGCCAUCUCACCCGGUGGCGGCAUCGUAGCUGUUGGGGGUGCAGAAGGCCAGAUUCGAGUCGUUGGUCUGCCUCGACUAUCUCAACCCGCCAACUCCACCGCUGGCGCCAAAGGUGCAGGCGCGAAGACCAAAGCCGGAGGCGGAAAACAAGCUCCUGGACCGAAGGGCGCAUCAGCCGCAUCAGCCGCUUCCGCAGGUCAAGCCGGUGCCAUCUUGGCCUCACUUCAAGCCCAGAGCGACGGUGUCGAAACACUCGACUUCUCACAACCACCACUUACGCUCCUUGCAGCCGGGAGCGUGGACGGCAGCAUCGCCAUCUUCGACGCUGCGCACAACUUCGCCGUACGAAGGCAGAUACCUGCCGCACAUGACGAGGAGGCGGUCAUCCAGGUUUCAUUCGUCAAGACGGCGCUGGGGACUGCGAAUCCUAUAGGUCACGUACUGACGAGUUGUGGGAAUGACGGGGUGGUGAGGCGAUGGGAUGUACGAGGUGGUACGGCCGCGGCUGGCAAGGGUCUGUUGAGCGAAUGGAGAGGUCACAGAGGCGGCGGUGAUGGAGGUGGCAUCUUGGGCUUCGUGCAGGGUGGAGGGGGUAGAAGAGUUGUGACGGCGGGCGAUGAUGGGGUGGCUUUGGUGUUCCAGACAGAAGCUCCUUGA